CGUGUCGUCCGGUGUCAGAGGUCGCUUCCCCUGCCGGCUUGCAUUCGCUCGUCUCUCUUUCUGAAUCCAGCAGCGAUGGCGGAGCAGCAGCAGUUCUACCUCUUACUGAGCAACCUGAUGAGCCCUGACAACACCGUCAGGAAGCAAUCCGAGGAAACGUAUGACACCAUCCCCGGUCAGACGAAGAUCUCAUUUUUACUGCAGGCUAUCCGUGAUGCGUCCGCUGCCGAGGAGGUUAAGCAGAUGGCAGCCGUGCUGCUGCGGCGCCUGCUGUCCUCGUCUUUCGAGGAGGUCUAUCCCAGCCUGGCCAUCGACGUGCAGACGGCCAUCAGGACUGAGCUGCUCGCUGGAAUCCAGUCCGAAGGCUCCUCCAACAUCCGCAAGAAGGUCUGCGAUAUCGCCGCGGAGCUCUCUCGCAAUCUCAUCGAUGAUGACGGCAACAAUCAGUGGCCAGAAAUCCUCAAGUUCCUGUUUGAUUCGGUGAACUCUCAAGACGUCAGCCUCCGGGAAGCAGCGCUGCACAUUUUCUGGAACUUCCCAGGUAUCUUUGGCAAUCAGCAGCAGCAUUACAUGGAAGUGAUCAAGCGCAUGUUGGUUCAGUGUAUGCAGGAUCAGGAAAACCCACAGAUUCGAACCCUGGCUGCGCGUGCAGCUGCGUCCUUCGUCCUGUCCAAUGACAGCAACACAGCUUUGCUUAAACACUUUUCAGACCUUCUUCCCGGCAUCCUACAGGCAGUGAAUGAAUCCUGUUACCGUGGUGACGACUCCGUGCUGAAGUCAUUGGUGGAGAUUGCAGACACUGCCCCCAAAUACCUAAGACCAAACCUGGAAGCCACUCUCCAGCUGAGCCUAAAGUUGUGCGCAGACACCAACCUUACAAACAUGCAGCGGCAGCUGGCGCUGGAAGUCAUCGUCACACUGUCUGAAACCGCUGCUGCAAUGCUGAGAAAACACACCAACAUCGUUGCUCAGAGUGUACCUCAGAUGUUGAGUAUGAUGGUGGAUCUGGAGGAGGAUGAGGAGUGGGCCAUGGCUGAUGAACUAGAAGAUGAUGAUUUUGACAGUAAUGCCGUUGCGGGUGAAAGCGCUCUGGACAGGAUUGCAUGUGGCCUCGGAGGAAAGAUCGUCCUUCCCAUGAUCAAACAGCACAUCAUGCAGAUGUUGCAGAACCCCGAUUGGAAGUACAGGCACGCCGGUCUGAUGGCGCUCUCUGCUAUCGGCGAGGGCUGUCACCAACAGAUGGAGGCCAUUCUGAGCGAGAUCGUCAGCUUUGUUUUGCUCUUCUGUCAGGAUCCUCACCCCAGGGUUCGUUACGCCGCCUGCAACGCUAUUGGACAGAUGGCCACAGACUUCGCCCCCACCUUCCAGAAGAAAUUCCACGACAAGGUGAUCUCGGCGCUCUUGCAGACCAUGGAGGAUCAGUCGAACCCUCGCGUCCAGGCCCACGCCGCCGCUGCGCUCAUUAACUUCACCGAGGACUGUCCCAAAACCCUGCUCAUCCCCUAUCUGGACAGCCUUGUCCAGCACCUGCACGUCAUCAUGGUGGCCAAGCUCCAGGAGGUGCACAAAGCUAACGCGUUCAUGCCGGAUGCUUCAGCUGUGAUGCAGCUGCUUCUGAAGACACAGACUGAUUUCAAUGAUCUGGAGGAUGAUGAUCCACAGAUCUCCUACAUGAUCUCGGCCUGGGCGCGCAUGUGUAAGAUCCUGGGCAAGGAGUUCCAGCAGUACCUGCCUGUGGUGAUGGGCCCGCUGAUGAAGACGGCCUCCAUCAAACCUGAAGUGGCCCUGCUUGAUAACUCAUGUUCAGAGUUGAUCGUUCACGCACCUGAGACUCUGUUAGCAUCCUUAACGUGUGUUUCACGUGUGCGUGUGGCGGCGGCCGAGUCCAUGCCUCUUCUGCUGGAGUGCGCUCGCGUCCGAGGCCCAGAAUACCUCACGCAGAUGUGGCACUUCAUGUGUGACGCCCUCAUCAAAUCCAUCGGCACCGAACCCGACUCGGACGUGCUGUCAGAAAUCAUGCACUCAUUUGCCAAGUGCAUCGAGCUGAUGGGAGACGGAUGCUUGAACAACGAGCACUUUGAGGAGCUGGGUGGCAUUAUGAAAGGCAAACUAGAGGAGCACUUUAAAAACCAGGAGGCCAGACAAGCCAAACGACAAGAUGAAGACUAUGAUGAGCAGGUUGAGGAGACGUUACAAGACGAGGAUGACAAUGACGUCUACAUCCUGACCAAGGUUUCGGACAUCCUGCACUCCAUCUUUAGCAGCUACAGAGAGAAGGUUCUCCCGUGGUUCGAGCAGCUGCUGCAGCUCAUCGUCAGUCUGAUCUGUCCUCACAGACCCUGGGCGGACAGACAGUGGGGUCUGUGCAUAUUCGAUGACAUCGUCGAGCACUGCAGCCCAUCUUCCUUCAAAUACGCCGAGUACUUCCUGCGGCCCAUGAUGCAGGCGCUGUGUGACACCAGUCCGGAGGUGCGACAGGCGGCCGCGUACGGCGUCGGAGUCAUGGCUCAGUUUGGAGGAGAAAGCUACAGGCCUGCUUUCACAGAGGCCGUCCCGCUUCUUGUGGGUGUGAUCCAGUCUCCAGACUCCAGAGCUAAAGAAAACGCCAACGCCACGGAGAACUGCAUCUCUGCUGUGGCCAAAGUCAUGAAGUACCGCCCAGAGUGCGUCAGCGUCAACGAGAUCCUCCCUCACUGGCUGUCCUGGCUGCCACUCAACGAGGAUAAAGAGGAAGCUGUCCACACCUUCAACUAUCUCUGUGACCUCAUCGAAAGUAACAAUCCCAUCGUUCUUGGACCUGAUAAUACGAACCUUCCCAAGAUUUUCAUCAUCAUCGCUGACGGUGUUGUGAAUGAAUCGAUUAAAGGUGAAGACGGUUGCAGCAAACGAUUGGCCAACGUGAUUCGUCAAGUACAAGUUUCUGGAGGACUCUGGACGCAGUGUGUAUCGGCGCUCAACGAGACGCAGCAGAAGGCCAUCCAGGACCUCCUGAACACGGCCUGAGUGAACGAGCGAAGCCUUAACCCUGUAAAGCAGCCCAUCGAUUAAGGAUUAAAAAAUUUGCACCUGGAAUUCCACAUCUAGAUUUUUGGCCCUUUCCCUAUUUUGAGUAAAGAACCGUCAUGUGACUUGAGUUUGUGUUGGGCCUCUGAGCCGUCUGGACCCGAUCUCUCGAAGUCUUCAACAAUGGGGCCGAGGGUCUGGCGAGUGCGUGUGCUUUUCACCUCAAAAAGGGCCAAUGGCUUCAGAAACCCUCAUCUUGAGCGGGCGUGGGGGGUUUUGGGGGUAUGAAAUGAAACUAACAGUCAUCCAUUGUAGAAUUUCUGGUGUAGAAAUUGUGCUUUUCUCCUUUCUGAGAUCAGUUCUAGUUGUUUUGUCAACUCGUGUGUCUGUCGAUCCUUGCCGAAGCUGAUUUAGGGCUCGGUCCGACUCUCGGACUGAACGGACUCGUGUUGGUUGAGCUCGAAUGCAGUAGAGCGAUGAUGCAGCGGUCAUGUCGUCGACUUUGUUUUCUUUUAGGUUUUUGUUUUCUCUUCGACGCCGGCGCUGAUGUUUGGGAGAAACGGGCACCGGUUUGCUCCACCUUCGCUGAUGAUGUCUGUGUUGCGGCUAACAUUGUCUGUCAUUGGCUCACUUAAUCCAUGCAAUGAAAUAAAAAAACAUUGGAAAACUGGGACUCUGGGUUCGGGCUUCUGAUAUUAUGAAGGAAAUGCACAAAUCUGAGGCCGGUUGGCCUAAGAGUUGUCACAUGUCCAUGGAACAUUUGUAUGAUAUGCAAUCUCUCCUGGUUAAUCAUUUUACAACACUUUCAGUAUUAAAGCUGCAAGACAUGAUGAA